AUGCCCCUGAGGCCCCGCCCCGCAGCCGUGCCCCUGAAGCCCCGCCCCGCAGCUGUGCAACUGAGUCCGCCCCGCAGCCGUGCCCCUGAGGCCCCGCCCCGCAGCUGUGCAACUGAGGCCCCGCCCCGCAGCCGUGCCCCUGAGGCCCCGCCCCGCAGCCGUGCCCCUGAAGCCCCGCCCCACAGCCGUGCAACUGAGGCCCCGCCCCACAGCCCUGCCCCUGAAGCCCCGCCCCGCAGCUGUGCAACUGAGGCCCCGCCCCGCAGCCGUGCCCCUGAGGCCCCGCCCCGCAGCUGUGCAACUGAGGCCCCGCCCUGCAGCCGUGCCCCUGAGGCGCCGCCCCGCAGCCGUGCCCCUGAGGCCCCGCCCCGCAGCCGUGCAACUGAGGCCCCGCCCCGCAGCCCUGCCCCUGAAGCCCCGCCCCGCAGCCGUGCCCCUGAGGCCCCGCCCCGCAGCCGUGCCCCGCAGCCAGGGGGGCCAGGGCAAGAGAAGCCCGUGCGAGGCCGCGAGAGAAAAGCCUGCUCACAGCCAGCAGGGAAACUGCAUGGGCGACAGAGACCCGGGGCGGAAAUGAAGGCAGAAAGUUAG